AUGGACCUUAGAGCUUCGAUGAUCAACUCCUGGUGCUUCGAUGAUCAACUCCUAGUGCUUCGAAGAUGGGAAAAAGGUAUGACGGCAAGAUCAGUUUCCUUCCCAGUUCUACCAAUUUGGGUUCAAGUAUGGGGUCUACCCUUUGAUCUUAUAAAUGAAGAAGCAGGUCAAGAUAUUGGAAGCAGCCUAGGCCAUGUGGUGGAGGUGGAUAGUAAGGCCAUUGCUUCUAACCAGGCACGCUUCUUGCGAAUCCAUAUCGAAAUCCCAUUGACCAAACCUCUCCGACGAGGGGCCCUAAUUGUCAAUCCGGAGGGAGACGAAGUUCGAGUCGCAUUCAAAUAUGAUAGACUUGUAGGACUAUGUUACAAUUGCGGCAUGCUGGGCCAUGAGAUACGGGAGUGUUCAAAGUAA